AUGUCCGGUGGUUCUAGCGGUGACAUCGAGGUGCUCACUAGCGCUAGCAGCGUGGCUAGCGGAUCCAUUCGUAUCGGUAGCGGAUCCGGUGACGCUAGUGCUGGGUCCAUCAAUGUGUUUGGUGGCUCUUCCGUGAAUGGUGAAGGGUCUUCGGUGUCUGUGUCUGGAGGCCUGUCGGAGUCGUUGACGGGCGGCAGCGUGACGAUCCUGAGUGGGGAGGGCUUGUCGACAAAGAGCGGGUCGGUGACUCUUGGGUCUCACGGCGGCGCCAGUUCCGUGAACAGCGGCACGGUGUCUUUGACCAGUGGUUCCGUGGAGACGGGUUCAUCCGGCGCUGUAUCGAUCGGUUCUGGUGCGUCGCUUGCGCAGUCGAGUGGGUCUGUGAGCAUUUUUGGCGGCGAGGCUGCAGGUGUCGGCGGGUCGGUAAAUAUGUCCGGCGGCAGCAGCUCCGGCGAUUUGGGCGGCUUACUGGCUUUGGCUGGUGGUGCUGGCGUGACGGGGGGCGAUGUGACGGUAUCGGGAGGCGCGAGUGCGUCGGGCAUUGGCGCGUCGGUAGCGUUGCGCAGCGGAGAAGGCUUGAGCAACAGCGGCGAGGUGCGUGUGUCAAGUGCGGGUGGCGCGGCAUCAGGCGGUGUACAGAUCUCGUCCGGCUCGGCGUCGAGUAGCAGUGGAUCUGCAGGUGGCAUCAGCUUGUCGGUUGGUUCGUCUGCUUUUGAAGGCGGCAACGUCGAAGUACGCAGUGGGUCUAGUACCGGAUCUGCUGCGGGAGAUGUGUUGCUGACGGGUGGAUCGUCCCUACUGGCGCCUUCGUCUUCGUCUACGUCUUCGUCUGCGGCAGGAGCGGUUCGACUACAGGGCGGUAGCUCUACCGGCAACAUCGGCGGCGGCCUGGUGUCUGUGGCGGGUGGCGCUGGUACCGUGCAGGGCGGCUCGGUGUCCGUAUUGAGUGGCGGCGGCAGCGAUGCGUCUGCUAUCAGUGGCAACGUGUUGGUGGGUUCGUCUGCUGGUGGCACCAGCGGAUCUUUGGACGUGAGGAGCGGUGCUUCGACUGCAGGCGCGUCAGGCAGCGUGACUUUGGGCAGUGGCGACUCGAUCGAUAGUAUGCCUGGGCCUGUAGAUGUCGUUGGCGGGUCCGGUGUUUCGUCCAGAGGCGGUUCGGUGUCGAUGCGCGGCGGAGCGUCCUCUUUGUCUGUUGGCGGUGCGGUAUCACUGCAGAGCGGUGCAGGUAGUGCGGGCAGCGGUAGCAUUGCGGUGUCCAGCGCGGUUUCGACGGACUCGAGCUUAAGCGGCAACGUGGAUAUUAGCACAGGCAACACCGAUUCCAGUGCGUCCGGUUCAUUGUCAGUCGUGUCUGGCGGUAGUUCUAGUGGAUCGAGCGG